AUGCAGCGGAACCGCCAAAUCCGAGCUCCACCGCUCAGCCUCGUAGCCUCCGAAACACCGGCAUACAUCCUGUCUGCCCUCACCUCCGUCGGUGGAGUGACCGGUUACGUGCGAACAGGCUCAGUCCCUAGCAUCGCAGCGGGCUUGACAGUUGGCGUGUUGUAUGGCCUUGGAGGCUAUCGCAUCUCUAAACGCCAGCCCUACGGCGUCGAGCUCGCUCUUCUUGCCUCGAUCCUCCUCGCCGGCAGCAGCAUCCCUCGUGCGAUCAAAACAGGCAAACCCCUCCCUGCAGGCCUAAGUGUCCUGGCUGCUACCGGGCUGUUCGUUUACGGGAAAGCCUUCUUCGCGAAAGCAUGA